UGGAAGUUUGAUAACAAUAUGGCGGAUAUUCCAAAGGAUGCUCCUCAGCAUUGUCCAGGAACCAGCAGUGAGCAAGCUGGCAAAUCAUCAGCAUGUCAAGGAUGUCCAAACCAGGCCAUAUGUUCCUCUGGUGCUCCCAAAGCUCCAGAUCCUGCCGUCGAGGAGAUCAAGCUGAAGAUGUCCAACGUGAAGCACAAGAUCGUCGUUCUUUCUGGUAAAGGAGGCGUCGGGAAAAGCACGUUUAGUGCACACUUGGCUCACGCCCUGGCGAGUGAUGAAUCCACAGAGGUGGCUCUGCUGGAUGUGGACAUCUGUGGACCAUCGAUACCCAGAAUAAUGGGACUGGAGGGAGAGCAGGUUCAUCAGAGUGGCUCUGGCUGGUCUCCUGUGUAUGUAGAAGAUAACUUGGCCGUCAUGUCCAUCGGCUUCCUGCUCAGCAGUCCUGAUGACGCGGUGAUCUGGAGAGGACCAAAGAAGAACGGCAUGAUAAAACAGUUCCUGAGAGAUGUCGACUGGGGUGAGCUGGACUACCUGAUCAUGGACACGCCCCCAGGAACCUCUGAUGAACACCUGUCCGUGGUGCAGUACCUGAGUGGAGCGGGAAUCGAUGGAGCUGUUAUUAUAACUACACCACAGGAAGUGUCUCUGCAGGACGUACGGAAAGAGAUCAGGUUCUGUCAGAAGGUGAAGCUGCCCAUCAUCGGCGUCGUGGAGAACAUGAGCGGCUUCGUGUGUCCCAAAUGCAAGAACACAUCUCAGAUUUUCCCUCCGACCACAGGAGGAGCUCAGCAGAUGUGCGAGGAGCUCAGUCUGCCUCUGCUGGGCCGAGUUCCUCUGGACCCUCGGAUAGGGAGAAGCUGUGACGAGGGAAAGUCUUUCCUGAAUGAAGUGCCAGAUUCUCCAGCAGCCAAAGUCUAUCAGACGAUCGUGCAGAGUAUCAAAGGUUAUUGUGCUUCCCGGUUCUCGUCAGACGGAACCCCAGAUCCAGAUAACAAGUGAACAUCAGCGUCUGUGGCAGAACCAGAAUCACAGUCACGAUGAAGAGUUCCUGAAUCGGAUUAAAUUCACUUCUUUUUUUUUUUAAAUAAAUGCUUCUCUUCUGUG